AUGGCUGACCAUAUAGUCUUCGAGAUUGGAAGUGUCUUCGGUGGUAUGUUCUUAGCCGAAGUGAGCCAGCAUGACUUCGGCCUCCCAAGCAACGUUUUCUGCUCGACGUUGCUUCACAAAGUUCGAUUUGUCGCUGUCCUUAUACUGUCGAGCUUCGGCAUCUUGGUUUUCUCUUUUACUGAUGCAAACGCGGAUUUCAUGACCUGGACGAGAGUAUUGCACCGCCUUGGUCAGCCGUACUUUCCCGCUACACAAUGGGCACCUUUUGGAGAUACGAAAACAUACUGGCCUGUGAUUGGCGCACACCUGAUUACUAUUGCUGUGCUUCUAUCACCUGGGAUCCAGAGCGUCCUCAGCCAUUCGCGCCUUGUCUGGCUCGGGAGCAUAUCGUACCCGUUCUACCUCCUUCACGGCAUGGUCAUUCGGACACUCUUGGUCUGGAUGUUAUACGGGCUUCGAGAACCUAUUUGGCUUUAUACAAAGGAUGGGAAUGGAAAUAUCGAAGAAGCGUGGCAGACCAUACCCAAACCGGAUCGAUGGAUGUAUGUGCCUUCUUUGGCAGUUUUCUUGAUCGUCACACUUCUGCUAAGCCAUUUCUGGAAUCAAUGGAUUGAGCCGUGGUUUGGAUGGUUAACGUUGAAGGCUGAGGAGUGUAUGUGUCCAAAGUUAGCGGAGGCCCAAAAGAGGGAAGAGCUCAUUGAGGAGGGUUUGCCUAUUGCCAAUGAUGCCAGCCUAGGCGAAAGGGUACCUUUGAUGAGCGAGAUAACUCAACAAUAA